AUGGCUCACGAGGAGACUGCUUUCCCCUGGGAUAUCGGGGUGUUUGAUGCCCACUGCCACCCGACCGAUACCAUGGCAUCCAUUGCAUCCAUCCCUGCCAUGAAAGCAGCCACCCUCACCAUCAUGGCCACCCGCGGGGAAGACCAGGAGCUCGUGCGCCAGACCGCAGAGGCGCAUGUAAAUCGAGUGUUGCCCUGUUUCGGAUGGCACCCUUGGUUCUCGCACCAGAUCAUCGACGACUCGAUUGAUCAGCAAGAGCAAGAUGCACAGCAACAAAAAACAACACACUACAAGGCAGUUCUCACCCCCUCCCCAGAGGACGACGAGGCAUUCAUUCAAUCUCUUCCAAAUCCGAAACCUCUCUCUACCCUCAUUUCAGAAACAAGAGAACGCUUGCAUUCAUUUCCCAAUGCAUUGGUCGGUGAGAUUGGCCUCGACAAGUCCUUUCGACUACCUGGCGCAUGGACCGCACAGGACAUCGAGGGCCGCGAUGAUCAGGUCACACCGGGUUCCCGAGAGGGUCGACGGCUAUCGCCAUACAAGGUAAAACUGGAUCACCAGCGCACGGUGCUAAAAGCGCAGCUCCGACUAGCAGGGGAAUUGGCCCGCGCAGUCUCAGUGCAUAGCGUGCAGGCACACGGGGCGAUUUUCGAGCUGCUCAAGGAGUUAUGGGCGGGCCAUGAACGGGUGGUCAUUUCACGCCGGGAGAGAGAGAAGCAGCAAGAUGCUGAGGGGGCUGUUUCUGAAGACGAAAACCAAGAUGGAGAAGAAGCAGCAGAUACAACGAAAUCUGCGACAGUAAAGCAGCAACCAUUCCCGCCGCGUAUCUGCUUGCAUUCCUACUCCGGCCCGGUAGAGCCGCUCCGCCAGUUCCUGCACAAGGCCAAUCCAUCGGAUGUCUACUUCUCUUUCUCGAGUGUGAUUAAUUUUACGGGGUCAUCUUCCUCGUCGAGAAGGGUGUCUGAUGUGAUUAAAGCCUUACCGGAAGACCGUGUGCUUGUGGAAAGUGAUAUCCACACGGCAGGGCCGCAGAUGGAUGAGCUGUUGGAGCAAGCCGCGCGUCAGAUCUGUGAGAUCCGGGGGUGGGAAUUGCGGCGUGGAGUGCAGCAACUGGCUGAUAACUGGCGACGUUUCGUGUUUGGUUGA